AUGGCUGCAAUUGGAGGCGGGAGCGGCGACAUUGAAGAACUACUGAAGCAAAUUACAAACCAUCCAGGUGUUCAGGGUAUAAUCAUCGUCAACACGGAUGGAAUCCCUAUUCGUCACACGUUUCAAGAGCACUCACGGCUCCUCGCAGUGCAGUACAGUGCAUUGUUCCAAAGUUUAGCCAUGAAAGCCCGAAAUGCUGUGCUUGAAAUAGAUAACAACAAUGAACUUCUCUUCCUUCGCGUUCGGACGAAAAAACAUGAAGUACUCGUCGCACCCGACACGAAAUAUCUCCUGAUUGUCAUUCAGCAGGUGGAGAGUGGAGAUGCUGUCCCCAAUGCAAAUGGUGUUAGUGCGUAG